UGUGCGGUAUUCAUAUGUAAUGCUGCUUGCGUCUCAAAUAUGGCGUCACUGAUUUUGCCUCUAUAUUCUAUUCUUUCUGCUUUAAGAUAACCUCUUUUAACUUGUAACAUUGUUUAUUUCUGCUGGAAAUUUCAUCGAAGUAUAGACUACUUAAUAAAAUGUCUAUAUUUGCGAGGCGAAUAUUUUCAUCUAACUUUUCGAGAGAAUGGCAAUGUUUACGACCUAUCAUCUGUAAUACCCAUCUUCGUCGAUGUCAAUUAUCAACACAAACUCAACCAAAUGUAGAAACCGAAAGCUCAGAGGUGUCAACAUUAGACCCAUUGAAACAUCCGGACUUCUUCCAAGUGCACAAUUUAUUCACUUUAAAGGACUUGUACAAUGCGAGGGUACAUUAUGGUCAUAAAGAAACUUCACUGAAUGAACAUAUGGAGACAUUCAUAUUUGGUUCCAGACUGGGACACCUAAUAAUUGAUUUGGAUCAAACUGUCGAGUUACUGAGACAAGCAUUGAACUUCACUGCCCAUGUUGCCUUUCGAGGCGGCAUAAUUUUGUUCAUUUCGCGAAAUCCCCAGGCCACAUAUUUAGUGGACAAAACGGCUAAAGAAUGCCAGGAGUUUUCACAAACAAGGUAUUGGAGGCAGGGCCUGUUUCCCAACUCGCAAAAUCAGUUCAAGACUAUGACGCGGCUGCCAGAUCUGUGCAUUUUCCUUAGCACUUUCGACACUGUUCAAGCUCAACACACAGCGGUUAGUCAUUCAGCGAAGAUGAACAUCCCCAGUGUUGGUAUAGUUGACACAAACUGCAAUCCGAAUCUGAUAACGUAUCCUGUGCCUGGAAACGACGACUCUCUGUGCGCCAUAGAGCUUUAUUGUUCGUUGUUCAAGGAAGCUAUUCUCAGAGGCAAAAAGGCAAGGGAGCAAUUGACGAAGCUUGUGAAAUCAACAUGAAUCUAGUAACCAAUUCUCAGCUAGAAGUAAAUAUAUAUAUACAUAUGUACAAAAAUCAGAAUACAUUUUUAUUUCUAAUCGAUGAGUGCAAGUAAUAUAAACACAUAAAUCUUA